UCCAUCCACUUGCCUUCUUGGGAUUGAUGCUGGUGAUGACCACUGCCCUUCCUACCUCACGAGUCCGGAGAGGAGACUUCACAGAGGACACCACUCCCAACAGACCAGUAUAUACCACUUUGCAACAAGUUGGAGGCUUGAUUACAUACGCCCUCAGGGAAAUCUUCGAAAUGAGAAAAGAGUUGUGUAAUAACAAUCCCGAUUGUAUGAAGUAUGAUGAUGCAUUGUCAGAAAACAAUCUGGAACUUCCGGUGAUAGAAAGGAAUGACGGAUGCCUCCAAACAGAAUACAAUUGGGAAAUUUGCCUACUGAAAAUCACCUCUGGCCUUCUGGACUACCAGAUCUAUCUGGAGUUUGUGACGAACAAUGUACAAGAUAACAAGAAAGACAAAGCCAGAGUCAUUCAGAGCACCACCAAAACCCUAAAUCAGAUCUUCAAACAAGAGGUAAAGGAUCCAGGUAAAAUAGUCACGCCUUGCCCAACUUCCAAGGCCCUCCUAAUGGAGAAGCUGGAGUCACAGAAGGAGUGGCCAAGGACCAAGACUAUCGAACUCAUCCUGAAAGCACUUGAAGAAUUCCUAAAAGUCACCAUGAGGUCUACUCGGCAAAACUAGUGUGCUGUGCCUAAGCGUACGGAUCUGUGGACACUCACUACGGUCAGAAACAUAUCCUGUCAUUGGGUAUCUGCCUUAUGUUGUUCUCUACGAAGAACUGACAGUAUGAAUGCUGGGACACUAUUUUAAUUAUUUUUAAUUUAUUGAUAAUUUAAAUAUGUAAACUGUAAGUUAAUUUAUGAUUAAUAUUUAUAUAAUUUUUAUGA